UGCUUAGAAGUCUAUAAUAUUUUUUGAGAUGGCUGGUGAAGUUCCAAAUUUGGAAGCGUCGAAGUUAACAGCCUUGGUCGUCGAUGACAACUUUGUAAACCAAAGUGUCCAUCAUAAACUUUUGGACCGUCUCGGGAUUAAAAACGACGUCGUAUCUAACGGCCAAGAAGCCGUUGACGUUCAUUGUUCCGGCAGAAACUAUGAUCUCAUCCUCAUGGACAUGGAUAUGCCCAUCAUGAAUGGUAUUCAGGCCACAAGGAGACUAAGAGAGAUGGGGAUAGAGAGCAAGAUAGCAGGAGUAACAACUAGAGCUGAGGAAGAAGAGGUGAAAGAGUUUAUGGAAGCUGGACUUAAUGACUUUCAAGAGAAACCUCUCACCAUUUCUAAACUUGUCUCUAUUCUUCAUAAUCUUGAGCUCUACGUCCAAACCUAGUUAAUAAUAUCUAUUUGUUAACCUUCACUUUAUAACAUACUUAUAGUUUUGAAUAUCCAUAGUUUCAAAUAGUAAUUGCCAAAGCCGAUAAAGUUUUCGAGCAAGUCAAGCUUGAAUUUACAUAAUA